AUGCAUAUCUCAAUUCUCUCCCUCGGCCUCUUGGCAACACAAGUUCUCGGCCACGGCUUAAUCACCAAACCGUGGCCCCGCACUCCGGGCGCGCUCAGUCUCGCAGCAUGUGGACCAACCGUCACGAAUAAUAUUAAGGGCGAUAAUACGAGCCAUGUUGAGGGAUUGCCCGAGGCCGCGAUGACGGAUGCUAAGUACAAUGCUGCGGAGUGCAAUUUGUGGCUUUGUCGGGGUCUCCAACUCGAAGAGUCGGCUAAAGCAAACGUCAUUGCAUAUACCCCAGGACAGAAAGUCAGCAUGAGCGUCAAGAUUUCAAUCAAGCAUCACGGAACGGCGAACGUCUCCAUCAUUUCAACGAAGACCAACAAGAUCAUCGGCGACGAGCUGCUUUACUGGGAUAAAUACGCCGAUGAGAGAUUGCCGGCCAUGCCUGCCAAUAACACGCAGUUUGAUGUCGUGAUCCCGACGACGCUGGGGAGUCAGUGUGCUAAUGCCGGAGAUUGUGUGCUGCAGUGGUGGUGGUAUGGGACGGCGGCUAGGCAGACGUAUGAGUCUUGUGUUGAUUUCACGGUGGCGCCGACCAUGCCGAUGCUGGAGAAGAGGUUUGAGGCGUAGGUUUGGUGUGGAUGAGGAGAGAAGUUGUG